CAGCAAAGCAUUAUUAAGAUUAGAGAUUGUUUAGAUAAAGAGUUUGGUCAUAGAGACAUAUGCAUAUGCUCAGUGUCCUUCUCACUACUCUGUGCUCAGAAUGUCAGCCUUGUUCUUUUCACUGCUUGCUCUAGCUAUCUGCUUUGCUGGACAAUCACAGGCUGUUUUGCAGAACUCUGAGUCUUUUCAAAAAGUGCAUGAUUUCAGUGUCAGCUUUACCGGUGGCUCAAACCAAGAGUUCAAUGGUUCUUGUGAUUUUGAGACAGAUGCUUGUGGAUGGAAAGAUAUCAGUAAGGAUGAAUUUCGAUGGAGGCUUGAAAAAGCAAACGUCAGCAGCAUCCCGGGUGUGGACCAUACCACUGGAACACCAUGGGGUCAGGUCAUGCAUGUAAAGGGUGAGAAAAUUGGGAUUUUCUCAAAGGCAGUUUUGGAGUUUGCCUUCCCUCAGCACACUGCACUUGGGUGCCAGAUAAACUUUUGGUAUCAUCUUCAUGAUCCUGUUGGUACAUCCUCUCAUUUUCAACUAAGCCUGAACACUGAUGAGAUUUUGUGGGAGAUUAAGCUGGGGCAGACUAAUGGUUGGGUGAAUACGACUGUAAGAGUUGGAAAUCGUCCUAAAGGAUCCAAGAUGGUGUUUUCUCUUGAUCCAACUUAUAUUGGAAAACAAGAUAUAAUGAUUGAUGACAUUGCAUUGAUAGCCUGUGCAGAAGGGGAUAUUCCUGCAGGCUCAGACCAGCUCAGCUGUGACUUUGAAAGAAACACAUGUGGUUGGUACCUAGACCAGUCUAAGAAUCUCAUCUGGGAGCGGACCAAGGGUCAAAAACCAUCAUAUGACAACCAGGGACCAGGACAUGACCAAACAACUGGUUCUGGUUAUUAUAUCUUUGUUGCAACAAAAACGAGCUCAAACCCAUCACAAGCAGCAAGACUAAUCAGUUAUCCCCAGCAAGCCAAAUGUGUCAGCUUUUGGUACCAUAUUUAUGGUCCCAGCAUUGGGUCCCUCAGAUUUAUUACUAAGAAUGCUAACGGUACAGAGACAGUUAUGUGGACAAGGACUGGUACACAGGGUAACAAAUGGCGCUUUGCAGACUUCAGCUUUGCAGCCAAUGACAGUCCGGUACAGUUCAUCUUUGAGGCUAUCUUGGGAGGCACUGAUGGUAGUAUAGCUUUGGAUGAAGUGCAGGUCUCUAGCAGUGUACAUGGAACAUGUCCACCUGAGAGAGAAUGUACAUUCCAGAGCUCUCUUUGUGGUUUAGAACAUGACCUUACAGCUGACUACCCCUGGGUCAGAACCACAGGAAUGCAGGCGGCUGGUUCUACAAGUCCAAGCAAGGACCACACUCUUGGCACUGACCAAGGUUACUACUUGAGUGCGCAGCUGUGGGACAGGCCCACAGGUAGCCGAAGCUGCAUGGUGACACAAUUUUACGAUCCAAGUCUUGAGAGUGAGGAAUGCUGGAUGUUCUGGUAUUAUAUGCGUGGAAGAGAUGUGGGCACGCUCAAUGUGUACCUGCAUGAGUCACAUAACUCCCAAGUCAUUUGGAGCCGCAGUGGAGAUCAGGGGGAAAGGUGGAGACCUGGACGAGCCACUGUAAUCAGCCCUCUCAGCCCUUACCAGAUCGGAUUUGAAGCAGUGGCUGGGGAAGGUCAGUUAAUGGACAUUGCCAUAGAUGAUCUGAGUGUAUUAAAUGGGCCCUGUUCACCUCAUGGACUGUGUGAUUUCGAGAUGGACCUGUGUUAUUGGGAAAGUAGUGCUCUAAGCAACCACAGUGUAGCCUGGAUCUGGACAUCUGGAGUCAGUGCCUCUAUGUUUGCACCUAAAGUGGACCACACCACUAACUCAAAUCUGGGACAUUACAUGGCCUUUGAUACCAAGCCUAAUAACAAUGAGCAAAUAGCUUAUCUUCAGAGUGAGCUGAUGCAGCCAGUGGACCAUGCAUGCCUAGAGGUUUGGUACUGGAUGGAGAUGUGGAAUUCUAUAGACAAACUCACAAUAACUGUGUAUGUAAAUGAGUCAGGCAUUUUACACUUUUUGUGGAACCAGACUGGCAAUCAGGGCAGCAUGUGGCACAGAAUCACACUGGAUUAUGGAGCAACAGAACAAUACCAGCUUGUGUUUGAAGCCAAGCGGCCACCAAAGAAUGCAGGGGUUAUUGCCUUAGAUGAUAUCUACAUCAGAGAGAGUGGAAGCUGUGCAGACAUAAACACCACUACAUUAGCCCCAACUACACAUCCCACAACACCACCUGCAUCUUCUAUGGACUGCAGCUUUGAGGAGGGCUUAUGUGGCUGGGUUCAGGAAACCGAGAAUGGAUUUGACUGGACUCGUCAACAGGGUCUGCAUGUAGGCGCCAUCAACAUAGGACUCCUGUAUGACCACACCAUUGGAAAUAAGCAUGGUUUCUAUUUGGCUCUUAAUAUGUCUGGAGGCAAAGAUGGUGAGACAGCAGUGCUUUCUGCCCCUGUAAAUCUCCAAGCCCCAACUAUGUGUGUUGGAUUCUGGUAUUUCAUGCUAGGACCAUCAGUGGCAAAGCUGGACCUUGUAGUUAAGAUGAAAACAAAAGAAUUGGUUGUGUGGACUAGAAGAGGUACAGGAGCUGCAGAAUGGCUGAAAGCACAAGUCACGGUCAACUUGAUGGACAUGCAGAUAGUGAAAUUCACUGGUAGUAGAAAUGUAAAAAGCAGUGGCUUCAUAGCAAUUGACGAUGUAAGAGUGACCCCAGGUGCAUGUGAAGAUCAGAGCCCAUGUGGCUUUGAAAGCUCUUCCCUGUGUGGAUUUGAAUCGGACAUAAGUGAUAGCAUUCACUGGCUCCGUGUCAAUGGUAGCACUGGCCAUGUUGAUCACACAUACCAAACUGAAGUGGGUCAUUCAGUGGCUGUUUUGGGAAAGGAGCUUUUGAAGCCAGAAACAACACACCUCCUGACACCAACUUAUAGUAAAUCAACUGAAUCGUGUUUACAGUUCUGGUACUGGCUGUCUGCUGAACCUGCUGAUUUUCUCUCGGUGCAUGUUUACUUAAAUGGAGAGCUGGGUCCAGUCCUGUGGUCUCGUUCUGGAGUGCCUUCUACAGGCUGGGAGGUGGCAGAGGUCACUAUAUCUUCUCCAGCCAAAUUCAGGGUGGCAUUCAAGGCAAAGUUAAGUCCAGCUGGGGACUCUUUCAUACUUCUGGAUGAUGUGUCAGUGAGAAAUGGAGCUUGCCUUCCCACAGGAAGUUGUGAUUUUGAGUCAGGGCUAUGUACAUGGGUGAAUUCAGAUUUGAAUAAUCAUGACUGGGUGCAUGCAGAUGGACAUAUGGGUGGUCCUUUGAUUGAUCAUACAACACACACUGCAGAUGGCAGAUUUAUGUUGAGUCUAUCACAGAUGACCAAUCCAGACACCAUCAACAUGGCUACACUUGUCUCUGAGCUGAUCCAACCAAGCUCUAACUCCUGCCUAUCAUUUUGGUAUAACAUGAAUUACAGUAACCCAGGGACCUUGCGAGUGUUUUUGGAUAUAGAGAACACAAACCGAAGAGUAAUUUUUAACACAAGCGCUGCUGAAUACAGCUGGAGAAAUUUCUCAACCACAGUGUCUUUCUCUACCACAGAGUCCAAGCCUUAUAAGAUUGUUCUAGAUGCAGAGUAUAAAAAUGGAGGAUUUAUUGCUGUGGAUGACAUUACUGUUACAAAAGGGCAGUGUAAAGAGGGGACUGUGGUGAGCGGGGUAUUUGUUGGGUGCCAGUUUGAAAUGAAUAACUGCGAGUGGGAAGAUAUAAGUGUGGGACAGUUUUCCUGGCAGCGGGGCCGCAAUGGAACAGCUUUGGAUAACACUGGACCCUCAGUUGACCACACUACUGGCACAGAAGAGGGCUGGUAUAUGGCAGUAGAUGCCAGUAAUGGAGACCAGAACAGCUAUGCUGCUCUACAAAGUCCUGCUAUGAGACAAGCCAGCACUGAGUGUGUGCUUGAGUUCUAUUAUCACAUGUAUGGGAAAGGGAUUGGGGAGUUAAAAGUGUUCCUCCAGGAGGGUCUGAAGAAAACGCCUAUAUGGUGGAAAUCUGGUGAUCAUGGAAACAUGUGGCAUCAAGCAACGAUAGUAAUUGGUCGAACUCACCAGGUCUUUAAUGUCAUUUUUGAGGCCACCAGAACUUUUAGCGAGCUUGGCGACAUUGCUAUUGAUGACAUUGCUUUCCUGAACUGUUCACUUCCAGAGCCUCAGGAGUCAUGUCCACCAAAUACCUUCACAUGCUCCAACCAUGUUUGUGUGGAUGUAAGCAGAAUCUGUGACUUCAGUGAUGACUGCGGAGAUGGAAGUGACGAAGCACAAUGUGAUGAAAUGGAUUAUAGGCAGAGCUGCAGUUUUGAGCAGGGCAUGUGCUUAUGGGAGAUUACUGAGGAAUCGGCCAGGUGGAAGUUGGAUAAAGGUGAGGGGGCGUGGCCACUACAUGGACCUCCCAGAGAUCACACACGCAACUUAGCAGCAGGCCAUUACAUUAUCCCUGCCAGUCAAAGCCAGACUGUUGAGACCAUCUCCAGCACAUUGCUCCCUAGCAACAACUGUACUGUGAACUUCUACUACUUUUCCCAUGGUAACAACACCGCAGUCAGACUAAGUAUGCGCCUGCGAACACUACGCAGUGGAGAACAGGACCUCAUUCUCUGGCAGCAGAAUUUGUCUUAUGGAUUUCACUGGCAAAGGACAGGGGUCAUCUUCUCCUCCUUAGUAAAGGCCAAGAUUGUGUUUCAAUUUGAUGGAAGUGGCAGGAGCCAGGAAGAAUACAUAGCUGUGGAUGAUGUGUCUUUUUCACCAAACUGCAUUCUUGAUCCUGAUAAUAGUCAGCUGCCAAUCACACCCCCUACAGCUACUCCUACAGUCACCGGAACCAUUCCUACACCCACUGAGAAUCCGUGCAGGGAGGAUGAGUUUUACUGCUGGAGGUCGGAUAGAAGGAAAUGCGUUGCUAUUACAUCUUGCUGUGAUUACAACAUAGAUUGCCCCCUAGGUGAAGAUGAGGAGACAUGCGGACCCUGUACAUUUGAGUAUGGACUUUGUGACUGGCAUGACAUAAGUCAGGAUAAAAACAAGUGGCAGAGGGUGAAAGCUAGUGAGAAUACAGAACCUCCAACUGACCACACCACAGGAUUAGGUCACUACAUGUAUGUAAAUUUAAGUUUAGUGUCAUCUAAAAAUGAGAUGCAGCUUGAAAGCCCAUUACUGCCACCUACCUCCCCUUACUGCCAGAUACUGUUUAAUUUUCACCUGGGUGGAGAAGAUGGUGUAAGAGGUUUAAGUGUGUUGAUGCAGAAUGAACAGAAAAAUAGGACACAUUUGUGGGCUCGCACCAACAGCACUGCAAAGCACUGGACUCUGGAACACUUAGCAAUAGGAAAACAACAAAAUCACUACAAGAUCAUCUUCAGUACCACAUCACUGCAAUACAAAAAUAAAGCUGUCCAUCCUGGAGCCUCUCUAGAUGACGUCUCUUUUCUGAACUGUGAAACAUCAUUUCAGCCACCAGCUGUGUCCACUGCUGGCUGCACAUUUGAGAAUGACCUGUGUAGGUGGGUACAGGGAGGUACUGGGGAUUUAGACUGGCAGAAAAAGAGUGGACCAAGUGAAACUGUCAAUACUGGCCCUGCAGGAGAUCACACCAGUGGCAAAGGAUAUUAUCUAUAUAUUAAAAGCUCAACUCCUAAUAAACAAGGCAGUGUGGCUCAGUUGAAGUCUCCCGUGCUCCCACCUGCUGGAGAGAAUGGAUACUGUCUAAAAAUCCAUUACCAUAUGUUUGGAGUAACAGUGGGCUCACUAAACAUAAUUCUACACUCUGUUGAAUCCAGAGAAUCCACAGUGGUAUGGCAGAGGGUGGGCUCUCAGGGAAAUGAGUGGCAUCUGGCCCAGAAGCAUGUAACACUACAUGAAGUUCAUCAGAUUUUGAUCGAAGCCUCAGUAGGUGGAGAAGCUGGAGAUAUUGCCAUAGAUGACUUAUCAUUUACUGAAGGAACUUGUGCUCCUACAGAUGGCCUUUGUGACUUUGAAGAGGGAAGCUGCGAUUGGGCACAGGAAGUGAAUAAUGAUAAUCUAGACUGGGUUCAAGGCUCAGGAAAUACACCAGCCAUAAAAUUCCAACCAAGCUUUGACCACACAACCAACACAGGCAGUGGAUAUUACUUCUAUAUGGACUCUUCUUCCCAUGUGCCAGGACAUACUGCUAGGAUGUUUUCUCCUCUCUUUACUGCAGGAAGCAGCCAGUGUUUUCAGUUGUGGUAUUAUAUGAGUGGGAAGGACACAGGGACACUGAAUGUGUACCAGGAAUACUCAAACGGAGCCCAUUCAUGGCUACUAAGUCAGUCAGGGGAGCAAGGCAAGCUGUGGAGAUUUGCACAGGCGCCACUGACAAACACUGGCCUGGAAUACAGAAUUAUAGUGGAGGGUAUAAAGGGACAGAGUGAGCAAAGCACUGUGGCUGUGGAUGAUGUACUGGUGUCCCACUACCCAUGCACCAGUUCAGGCUACUGUAACUUUGAAGUGAACAUGUGCAGCUGGCAGAAUCUAAGGGCUGAGGACAAUAUGGACUGGCUCCGAAAUCAGGGAAACUCUAGAGCUCCCAGCACAGGGCCAAGUGUCGACCACACCACCAACUCCUCCAUUGGCUAUUAUAUGUACGUAGACACCACAGUGGGGCGCUGGGGAGAUAGAGCAUUGCUACUCAGUGAAAUAUUCCCCCCAUACAACAGCAGGCAGUGUUUUACAUUUUGGUACCAUAUAUAUGGCCAGAAUGUAGGUACUCUAAAUUUAUACCUCAAUAACAGGACAUUGCAUGAUAAUGGGGACAAACUUGGAUAUCUGAUUUGGACAGAAUCAGGAGAUCAGGGGGAUAUGUGGUGGCACGCCAGAGUGAAUAUUGAUCAAAUAGAGCCAUUCUGGUUCGUGUUUGAGUAUGGCAAGGGCAACACCCCUGGAGGAGAUGUGGCCAUUGAUGAUAUACAGAUUACCUACACAUCAUGUGACCCACCUACUACACAACCUCCUUCUAAAGCAACAGAAAUAGGAGUAGCAGUUGCAAUAACCUUACUGGUGAUCGCCAUAAUCUGCAGUGCCCUGUAUGUGCUACAGAGGAGACGGUCAAACAGAGAACAUGCUACUGAACAUGAUGUUCUGCCAGAAAAUGCAGUCUAUAAUCUCAAUGACUAUGAAUUAGAGGAUUGUGAGUCUUGAAGAGUGGAGGAUCAGUUGUAUAGUUUAAAAGAAGAGGCAGACACAGCCAUAACAAACAGUCAUUCUCACAGAUAGCUUGAUGAAAGAACACUCUUUAUUCCUUUUUUAAUCAAUAAAAUGUUAAUAAAGGACCAACAAAUGUUAA